CGGACUUGACGCUAGUCUACAACACGGGGGGGUCGGCAGCCACUCACGGCAGCUAUCAUGUGAGGAACAGGUCGCUGGAGAGAACCACAGCGCCGACAUUGAUGUGUUAACCGACCUGUGAGGAUACUUUUGGGACUCCCACUGCCGACAUAUCGCGGAUAAACGCCGGCGGACUCCAGCGGCGCUGCGGUGUAUUCUUCAUGGACUCUCGGGUAACUGGCUAAGAAUGGCAGCACACACCACUUCAUAGAAGUCCAGUACUGACAGUUUGGAAAAGCGUAAACAGGAAAAGGAAGCAGGAGAGGAAGAAGAGACGGAGUGGACGCUGUUUACCAUCCGAGCAGAUGGGUGAGACGGAGGAUGAACGCACGGCGCAGGCCAGUGUGCUCUUUGAGAACUUUGUCCAGGCGUCUACCUGUAAAGGGACUCUGCAGGCCUUCAGCAUCCUCUGCAGGCAGCUGGAGCUGGAUCCUCUGGACUACAGCAACUUCUACAGCACACUGAAGGCUGCAGUCAGCACCUGGAAGGUCAAGGCCCUGUGGACCAAACUGGACAAAAGGGCACAGCACAAGGUCUACAACCAGAAUAAAGCCUGCCAGGGCACCAGGUGUCUGAUCAUUGGCGGGGGUCCUUGUGGUCUGCGGACAGCCAUCGAGUUGACCCUGUUGGGCUGCAAGGUGGUGGUGAUCGAGAAGAGGGACACGUUCUCCAGGAACAACGUGCUCCACCUCUGGCCCUUCACCAUCCACGACCUCAGGGGCCUCGGGGCCAAGAAGUUUUUCGGCAAGUUCUGUGCCGGCGCCAUCGACCACAUCAGUAUCCGCCAGCUCCAGCUGAUGCUGCUGAAAGUGAGUCUGAUUCUGGGAGUGGAGAUCCAUGUCAACGUGGAGUUUGUCAAACUCGUGGAGCCACCGGCGGAGCAGAGUGACGACGGUCCUGGGUGGCGAGCCGAGGUGCGGCCCUCCAGCCACCCCGUCUCAGAUUUUGAUUUCGACGUGGUGAUUGGAGCCGACGGACGAAAGAACACAUUAGACGGUUUCAGUCGCAAAGAGUUUCGAGGGAAGUUGGCCAUCGCCAUCACGGCUAACUUCGUCAACAGGAACACCACAGCGGAGGCCAAAGUGGAGGAGAUCAGUGGCGUGGCCUUCAUCUUUAACCAGAAGUUCUUUCUGGAACUCAAGGAGGAAACAGGAAUUGACUUGGAGAACAUAGUUUACUACAAAGACAACACACACUACUUUGUCAUGACAGCGAAGAAGCAGAGUCUGCUGGACAAAGGGGUCAUCAUAAAUGACUACAUAGAAACAGAGCGACUGCUGAGCAUUGACAACGUCAACCAGGAAGCGCUGCUCUCCUACGCCCGUGAGGCAGCCGACUUUGGCACAAACUACCAGCUGCCAUCCCUGGACUACGCCAUCAACCACUACGGGCAGCCGGAUGUAGCCAUGUUUGACUUCACCAGCAUGUACGCUUCAGAGAACGCCGCCUUGAUCAGGGAGAAGCACGGACAUCAGCUAGUGGUCGCACUGGUGGGAGACAGUCUGCUUGAGCCCUUCUGGCCGAUGGGUACAGGCUGUGCUCGAGGUUGGAUGGCAGCCUUUGACACUGCUUGGAUGGUGAGGGGCUGGGCACAGGGCAGGAGCCCUCUGGAGAUACUGGCUGAGAGGGAGAGUCUCUACCGGCUGCUGCCUCAGACCACCACAGAGAACAUCAGUAAGAACUUUGAACAGUACGCCAUUGACCCUGCCACCCGCUACCCCAACCUCAACUCCAGCUGUGUACGCCCACACCAGGUGCGCCACCUGUUCAUUGAUGGCCAGCAGGGCUCGUGUCUCCUGGGAAAAGGAGAACCCACACGUAGAUCAGUGAACUUGUCCAGAAGAGAGUCUGAUGUGCGUCCCGGCCGGCUGCUGACCUGGUGUCAGAAGCAGACUCAGGGCUACAGAGGGGUCGAUGUCACCGACCUCACAUCUUCCUGGAGGAAUGGCCUGGCCCUCUGCGCUCUCAUACACCGCCAGAGGCCUGAGCUCAUUGACUACGACUCUCUUAACGAGGAGGACGUGGCGGGGAACAACCAGUUGGCGUUUGAUUUGGCCGAGCGAGAGUUUGGCAUCCAGCCGGUUACGACAGGAAAGGAGAUGGCUGCGGAGGCUGAACCGGACAAGCUUCUGAUGGUUCUCUACCUCUCCAAAUUCUACGAGGCCUUCAGGAACUCCCCAGGAAAUAACAACGGUUCAAGAGAACCAGAUGAAAAUAGUGAAGAAAAUCCAAAAACCAGCCGCAAACUGCUGAACCAGCCUCAGCUCAGGAAGAGGGUACCCAGGGAUGACAAGAAACUGGAAGAUGAUUCUGUGAACAAGAGACGGCGCAAGGGCAACCACUACCUCACAGAGUUGUCCUGUCAUAGUGCACCCCCUGCUGGUGAGGACGGGGAGUUGAAGGAGAACAAGGUCCGCUCCAUGGCAACUCAGCUGCUGGCCAAGUUUGAAGAGAACUCCUCGACUGCAAAAAUACGCAACAAGCCUGAUGAGGACCCAUCCGAUCCAUCCCUUUCUCCUCCUCUGUCUCCUUCCACCACCCCACUUCCUCUCUCAGAGGAGGAGGAGGAGGAGGAGGAGGAGGAGGAGGAGGAAGAGGAUGAGGAUGAGGAGGAGAGAGAUAAUCCCCGCUUUGCAAAGCCCAAGGACGUCCCCCCUCCUCCUCUUCUGCCUCCCCCUCGCCCCAAGUGGCAGCCUUCCAUCUACCUUCGCUUACUGGAGAAUCCCAGUGAGGUGGCUCAGCAAACCAGUUUCCUCUAUUCCCCCAAAUCGCCUCCCCCUCAGAGCGGCUUCAGUCGCUCUCCUUCACCCUCGCACUCUAAGAGUCCACUAAGUUCUCCGCGCUCACGGAGCCCUAAUGUUACCGAACAUUACUACCCAGGACGCACCUCUCCUGACAUGUCAACCAGUCAUUUCUCUGCUUCAGAUAUUGAUCAUUCCUCUGAGAGGUCAGAGGGGUCAGUGCAGCAGAGACUGUCUACUAGAGAGUUUGCUGGGAGGAGUAUAAAGGAGAGAGCUGUCCUCCUUUCCUCUCUAUUUCCUGGGUCCAACAAACCUCCCCCUGCUCCUCGUUCUCCUCUUCCUGCGUCACAGGUGGAACGUUCUACCUCUUCCCCUCCUUCCUUGUCCCCUCCUCCUCCUCCUUCUCCUUCUGCCUCUGUACCUAAGAGCUCCACUGUCUACCCUGUAGUCCACCCUGUCCCUGACCCCACCGCCCAGGCCGGUUUCUCCUCUGUCCCGCUGUACGCUGCUGGACACAAGGACAGGAUACAGAAAGACCCCUCUACUCCCUCCUCUUACACUGACUCUGAAAAAACAGAUCAAAUCUCUUCUCUUCAUGUUGAUUCCUCCACACGUAACGACAAAACGCCGGCUGCCCUUCCUUCAGCUUGCUCUGAUGAGAACCAAAAGUUCUUCUCUCCUUUCUCUGACACUAACUGUGUAAAUGGACACAGCAGCUCAUCUUCUCAUCCAGUCUCUUCACUGCACAAGGACAACAAUGAGGGGAUGCAUGAGAGUGAGCAGGAGAUGGUCCACAAAACUGCUCGGGAGACAUUUGAUGAUAGGAAAUUAGCUGACAAUGAUCACAUGAAGUGCAAUGGGAGCUGCGCUCUUCAGACCCCUAGAAGAAUCACUCAAAAGUCAAUUGUUCGCUCUGAGAGUUGUCCAACUGGAGCUCCUAGCUACAUUAAAGAGCGUACAGUUGGAAAGGUAUCAUCAGCCAUAGGUGCUAAAGCUCAGAUACUGGCCGUCCUCUAUGAGACAGACCACAGGCCCAAUGCCACACCGUGUGUGCUACGUAAGGACCUCCCUCCCGGGCUUGGCGGCAGUGAUAUCUGCCACUUCUGCACCAAGCGGGUGUACGUGAUGGAAAGACUUAGCGCAGAGGGCUACUUCUUCCACCGCGAGUGUUUCCGAUGUGACGUCUGCAACUGCACCCUCCGUCUGGGAGGGCACACCUUCGACUCGCAGGAGGCAAAGUUCUACUGCAAGAUGCAUUAUGCCCAGCGUCAGUCCAGCAGUCACGUGGGGAGGUUCAGAAGGAGAAUGGAAGACCAUGUCUUACCCUCGUCGUUGGACGGUGGGACCUACUCGGCGACGGGCAGCGUCCAGAUCCAACCCCCAGGAGUGACGUCCAGCUUGCGUUCAGAGCAGCUGGAUAAAGGUCAGAAAAGAGUUCCUGAAGACACAGAGAUGGCUGUGGAAGCUCUGGAUGCUUCCUGUAUAGUCAAAGCAGCACAAGAUACUACAGGGGCCAAGGGCCAAAGCCAGGACAGUACAAAAGAUCACUCCAACACCAAACAGAACAAUCGAUGGAAACGGAAGAUCAGAGCCACCUUCCCUCUGAUCUUCAUCAAGCACUUCCAGAGGAGCUGGCCGGUAGACAAAGAGGGACCGGAGACCGUCCCCGAAGCUGACUCUGACUUUGAGGAGAUCACUUCUGCAGAAAAACAAACUAACUCCGAGGGCAAUUCCAAGACUACAGCAUAUACCCAGAAUACCUCAGAGGGAAGUGAGAAGAGAGAAGAGCGCUCAGCUACAGUAAAGACGGCCUGCGACUCGUCUACCCCGAAGAAACGCUUGAUGUUAUCUCUUUCUGAGAAAGAGAAGCUUCUGAACUGGGACACGCUCGUCACACCAGAGGAAACUCUGAUUAACACCGAAAACACACAUCAACAUAAAGCCCAGGUACAAGCAGGGACAGAAACAGAUAAGCCUCAGACAGACUCGGGCCAGGACGAGGAGCCAUCCCAGAGCCAAACCUCGGCCUCGUCGCCCUCAGCCUUCCAGCUUUUAGCCAACGCCUUCAAGAGGAAAUUUAGUGUGACCAAUCCCUCCAGCAGCUCCAACACUGCAGUCACAAUGAGGACCAAACGCGACAGCCCCCGCAAGCAGAGGCCCAUGUCAGAGGGGACGUUCAACUUUAGCGCCCUCUUCGGCACCACAGGUCCAGAGCCAUCCGGAGAAGAGAAGAAGCCCGUCAAGCGCGAGGCACGAUUGGCAUCUCUAGGGGCCGAUCCGUGGGGGGGCGGGCGGGACCUGCCCUCUCUGCUGCAGCAGGUGUCCCUCAAGGGCCGUAGAGACUCCGGUGGGGUGUUCUCUGACGACAUGGCCCCGUUGCCCCGCAGGAGGGUCAACUUGUUCUCUUCCCUGAGGCUGAGGAAGAGAGAGGAUUCAGAGAGCGAGGGACAGGACCAGGAGGUGCAAAAGGAAAUCAGGACCAUACUCACCAACCUCAGAAACAAAGCCGUCCGUCAACAGAAUUUGGAAGAGUCUUCCUCUAGUGACGAUGAAAAUGAAAACCUGACAUCCAAUCAGAAGCUGUGUCCAGAGAGACAGAGGAGGAAGCAGGAGAAGACGGUGGCCCAGCAGGCUAAAAGAGAACAGCUGAAGAGGCUUCACAGAGCCCAGGCCAUCCAGAGACAACUGGAGGAAGUUGCAGAGAAACAGAGAGAUCUAGAGGAGAGAGGAGUGGCUAUAGAAAAGAUUAUAAGAGGAGAAACAGAAUCAUCUCAGACAGAUGACGACACCGAGCUCUAUCAGUCCUGGUUUAAACUCGUUCUGGAGAAGAACAGACUGGCGCGCUAUGAGUCGGAACUCAUGAUCUUUGCUCAGGAGCUCGAACUGGAGGACACACAGAGCCGACUGCAGCAAGAUCUACGACACAGAAUGGCAACAGAAGACACAGAUAAGAGCGCCUCUGAGCUGCAGGAGGAGCAGGAGAUCCUGUCAGAGAUCAUGAGGACGGUGGAGAAACGAGACAUGUUGGUCUCUUUCCUGGAGGAGCAGAGGCUGAAGGAGAGGGCUGAGGACAGGGACCUGGAGAGCCUUGUGCUGUCCAAGGGCUACGAGUUUCACUGGGCCCAGGCCGAUGACAGCUGGGGGCAGGAGAAGCUGGAGUGAAGGCUGAAUGUUGAGCACCUCAGUUGUGAAGAGAAGGGUGGAUAGUAAAGGGUAGAAAGGUACUGCAAGGCUCUACCUAACACUUUUUUAAAGCAACUGAACUGGUGAAAUGUAAAAAAAAAAAUUGUUUGCAAAUGUAAUGAGGAUGGAAAUGUAAAAGUCUCAAGUGUUUAUUCACCCCAAAGAAUACAGCGAGGCUUCAUCCUGUCUCACUUUGUGCUGGUAUGCUGAGCUCAGAGACGGAGGAAGACUGGAAAUGGAGCCUGAGCUAAUGACUUCCUUCACAGCCAUUAACGUCUCUGCCGUUAAGGUUAUUUGACCUCUGUGCUCAGAAGUGUAAUCUGUCAUAGCACAGGCUGACACUGACCUGAAAGUGGAUGCACAAUAUGCUUUACCACUUCUAAUAAUGUGACUGCCUUGUAAUAUUUUGGCACACCUCAUAAACCAAAAUGACUGCCUAAUCAACAGCUGCUUUACAUAGUUGCUUGCUUAAAGAGUGGAAUUGUUGUGACAGAUUAUUCUGACACUGUAUAGCCUCACUGGAUAGCACAUGGACCGACUCAACACUGUCCCUGAAGUUUUAGUGUUUUGCACAGCGUGAUUUGUUUUAAAUUUGCGUCAUAAAUCCAGAGAUGUGCUUUAUGUAAUUCACUGUUAGUCACUUUGUAGGUAAGUGUGUGAGUGUACGCUCUCCUGUGCAUAUUUAAAUGUUAUUUUUUCACUUUGUGCUGGAACACUGUCAAAUAAAUGAAAUGUAUUAACACCCAGACACAUAUUUGUAUUUGUAGUCAGCUGUUAAGAUGUACCUCUGCCAGCCGGCUGAAAAUGUCACCUUUUUAUUCCUCUGUGACACAAGUUGCCACAUAAUUCAAGCCUGAAUCACAGGGCACAAAACUGAGUCUGCACAGGCUGAAACUUUUAUGCCUGUUGCACAUCUGGCCACACCCCAGUCAGUGAUGUCGCAACCCUCGUCUUUCAUUAGCUGUUAAUGAAGACCACCUUCUGUGACAUCAUUAAGUGGGGCGUGGCCAGAGGUGCAAGAUCCUUAAGUGUUUUAAUGCAAGUAAGUUUUCUGCUCUAAUUAAUAAUUGAUUUACUAACUGCUGUCAGUUGAACUGUGAUUGUUUCGUUUGCUGGUUUUAACCUAGUGUGUGGUCUGUGAGUCAAAAUGACCGGAGAAGAUGAAUAACGUGUUUACAUGAAUUUUAAUCCCAGGUCAAGGAACCACGCUUUCUCAUUUGGUCCCUGGGCUUUCUAUGAUACCUUUUGUUUAUGUUGUAAAUUAACAAACACUUCAAUUCUGAAUAAGUUAUGUUUUCAUGAUAAAAAAUGUAAACUAUUGUGUUUCUGUAUGUUUUCGUUUUAUGCUGCUUCUUUAAAUGGCAAAAAAAUCUUCAAUAAAAAUGAAUUUACA